AUGCAAUUGGUCUUCCUAGCAACUCUGCUAUGUGGUAUUCUUUCAACGGUAUCUGCUUUUACCGUUAGAGGUCGUUUCGACGCUAAUGUACUUAAUAUUACGGGAGUUACUUGGUCAAAGACAUUCUUUAAAUUGUAUCAGGUGGGUAAUUAUUCAGGUGUACCAUAUCAUGCAAAAGCACAAUUGAAGAACGAGCAUGGUGAUUUUGAGUUCCAGAAUGUACCUGUAAAUCCAGGUUCUAAUGCAACAACUUAUUUCGUACUAUAUUCCGGUUCAAUUGAUUUUAAUUUAAAACCUAAUAGAAUAUUAGUCGAAUUAAUUAAUAAGGAUGAUGAUGUGGAAUCCGUGGAAAUUAAUGCCUAUAGAAAUAUAUUUGGUAAAGAGUACUUCCCUUCACCAGAUAUUGUACAUCCAGAAGAAUUAGAGCCAAUAGAAACUGAUCCCUUUAUUCCUAUUACUUUAGUGCAAAUGGCGCCUAUAAGAGCUUAUUAUGAGGAGAGAAAUACUGGGAUGCUACAAGGUGGACCUCUAGCGACACUUUUAGAUGCUAGAUGGAAGCAAGCUGGUUGGAUUACUUUAAUAAUAUUGAUGGUAUUACCAGUAGUAUUAGAAAAAUUAGAUCCAGAAACUGCAAAGGCUGUGAAUGAAGAAAAAUUAAGAAAACAGAGGGAAAUGUAUCAAAUUAAGCAAGAAUAG